GAGAAGGAGAAGGAGAGAAAAAAAAUACUAUAAUUCGUCAAAUUUGGAGCUUUUCUUUCAGAUUUCCUCACGGGUUUUUCCCCCCCCCGGUCGGUUCUCGUUACUGAGAGUUGCUACAAGAUGGGAAAUGAGCGAUGAGGAGUGUUACAGGGUGCAGCUAACUGACUGAAUCAUGGCUCAGUUUCCCACGCCCUUCGGAGGGGGGCUGGACACGUGGGUUAUCUCUGUGGAUGAGAGAGCCAAACAUGAUCAACAGUUCCAUAGCCUGGCCCCCACACCUGCUGGCUUCAUCACAGGUGACCAGGCCAAGAAUUUUUUCCUGCAGUCAGGCUUACCUGCCCCUGUUCUGGCUCAGAUAUGGGCUCUGGCCGAUAUGAACAACGAUGGCAAGAUGGACAUGCACGAGUUCUCCAUCGCCAUGAAGCUCAUCAAGCUGAAGCUGCAGGGCCACCCACUGCCUCCGACUCUGCCCCCUUCCAUGAAGCAGCCGCCUCUCUCUUUACCUCCUCCAGCCCCUUUCGGAAUGCCCAGUAUGGGCCCCAUGACGGGUUUACCAGCAGUGCCACCCAUGCCCCUCCCACCACUUCCUCCGGGGGUCCCCGGGAUGGGCAUGUCACCUCCUCUGGUGUCGUCUGUGACUCCUCCUGUACCUCCUUUGGCCAAUGGCACCCCUUCCAUGAUGCAGCCUAUAUCAGGCUUUUCACACCCAGCAACAGCUGUCAACAAAAGCUCUUCUUUCAACCGCUCCAGUGUCAAACUUCCCAAAGGCCAGUCUUUUGAGAUCCCCAGUGCUCCUGCGGUCCCCGUACCCUCGGAUUGGGCCGUACCCCAGUCAUCACGAUUAAAGUAUCGCCAACUCUUCAACAGCCAUGACAAGAUGAUGAGCGGUCAUCUGACAGGCCCACAGGCAAGAACUAUUCUCAUGCAGUCUAGUCUACCACAGGCCCAGCUGGCUACCAUUUGGAACUUAUCAGACAUUGAUCAGGACGGGAAGCUCACAGCUGAGGAGUUUAUACUGGCCAUGCACUUGAUUGACAUGGCCAUGUCUGGCUUGCCCCUCCCACCUCUGCUGCCACCUGAUCUACUUCCUCCAACCUUCAGGAGGGUGCGUUCAGGAAGUGGCGUCAGUACGGGCAGUGUACACCCUACAGAUCAGCGAGUCCAGGAGGAGGCUGCAGAAGAAGAAGAGAAAGAGGCAGAGAAGAAACUUCCAGUUACCUUUGAAGACAAGAAGCGUGAGAACUUUGAAAGGGGCAACCUGGAGCUGGAGAAGCGGCGACAGGCCCUGCUGGAGCAGCAGCGCAAGGAGCAGGAACGUUUGGCCGCUCUCGAGCGUGAGGAGCAGGAGCGGAAAGAGCGAGAACGCCAGGAGCACGAGCGCCGUCGACAACAGGAGCUCGAGAGGCAGCUGGAAAAGCAGCGAGAGCUGGAGAGACAUCGUGAAGAGGAGCGGCGCAAGGAGAUCGAGAGGAGAGAGGCUGCCAAGCGUGAACUGGAGCGGCAGCGGCAACUAGAAUGGGAGAGGAACCGCAGACAGGAGCUACUGACCCAGAGAAACCGGGAACAGGAGAACAUUGUUCUGCUCAAAGCACGCAAGAAAACUCUGGAGUUCGAACUGGAGGCUUUGAAUGAUAAGAAGUCUCAGCUGGAAGGGAAGCUGCAGGAUAUCCGUUUCCAUCUGUCCACUCAGAGGCAGGAGAUCGAGAGCACCAAUAAGACGCGAGAGCUCCGUAUCGCUGAGAUCACCACACUGCAGCAGCAGCUACAGGAGUCUCAGCAAUGGCUGGGGAGGCUAAUUCCUGAUAAACAAUGUCUGAAUGAUCAGCUGAAGCAGGUGCAGCAGAACAGCCUACACAGGGACUCGCUCUCCAACCUGCAGAAAGCAGUGGAGGUUAGGGAGGCAACCAGGCAGCAACUCCGUGAGCAGCUGGAAGCGGUGGAGAAAGAGACGCGCUCCAAACUGCUGGAGAUCGAUGCAUUUAAUGCGCAGCUGAAGGAGCUCAGGGAAAUCCACAACAAGCAGCAGCGGCUUAAACAAAAGGAGUUGCAGCCUCCGUUAGAUGUCAAACCUGCAGAGCUGCCGGAGAACAGAAUAUUGGGCUCUGAUGAUCGCGUGUCUCCUGCCUGGCGCGACACUGCACUAGCGAAGGGCCCGACACCGCCAGCUUCUGAGCCCUGGGUCAGCCACCUGGCAGAGGAAGAGAGUCAGAGCUCUAGAGGAGAUGUCCAGGAGAAAUUCUCCAAGCUGUUCCUGCAUCAGCCAGAACCAAACAAGCAGCUGGGGCAGUCACCCUGGCCCACAGGAGAUAAGAUUUCCAUGUCUGGUUUUAACCAGGAGAAAGUAAGGGUGGUUUACUACAGAGCACUUUACCCUUUCGAGGCCCGCAGUCAUGAUGAAAUCAGCAUCCAGCCUGGAGACAUAGUCAUGGUGAAAGGGGAGUGGGUGGAUGAAUCUCAGACAGGCGAACCUGGUUGGUUAGGAGGAGAGAUCAAAGGAAAGACUGGCUGGUUUCCUGCUAACUAUGCAGAGAAGAUUCCAGAAUCCGAAGUCCCUCCCAAUCUGAGAGCUAGCGGCUUCGCCUCCAAACUGAGUACUCGCAUCACCCCCACCCCCACCUCGACCACGCCCACAGCCAUGCAGUCUGCCACUACAGAGACAGUGGUGGCGGCGGCUCCACCCCCUACAGUUCCAGCCGUUCCAGCCAUUCCAGCUGCUGCCUCCUCAUCCUCAUCUACAUCCAGCAACUGGGCAGAUUUCAGCACUACAUGGCCAACAAAUUCAGCAGUGGAGAAGCAGGAUGCUGAUGGUUGGGAGGCGUGGCCAACCCAACCCACACAGCCCUCUCUCUCUGUGCCAACUGGAGGGCAAGGCCGACAACGCUCAGCCUUCACUCCUGCCACUCUCUCUGGCUCCUCCCCCUCACCUGUGCUCGGACAGGGGGAGAAGGUGGAGGGGAUGCAGGCGCAGGCUCUGUAUCCAUGGCGGGCAAAAAAGGAUAAUCAUUUAAACUUCAACAAGAGCGACGUGAUCACUGUACUGGAGCAACAGGAUAUGUGGUGGUUCGGGGAAGUGCAGGGCCAGAGAGGCUGGUUCCCCAAAUCCUAUGUCAAGCUCAUUUCCGGACCCGUACGCAAAUCAAUGAGUAUUGAGUCAGGAUCCUCCGAAAGCCCACCCACCAUGAAAAGGCCCAGCCCUACUCCUAUCAAACCCAUGGAGCUUGGUGAGGAGUACAUCGCAAUGUACACGUAUGAAAGUAGUGAGCAGGGUGACCUGACCUUCCAGCAGGGUGAUGUCAUUACGGUGCUGAAGAAAGAGGGAGAUUGGUGGACAGGAACAGUAGGAGGCAAAACGGGCGUUUUCCCCUCCAAUUACGUCAAGCCCAAGGACUCUGAGGGUCUGGGACCUGCUGGGAAAUCUGGAAGCUUGGGGAAAAAACCAGAGAUUGCUCAGGUGAUUGCCCCCUACACUGCCACUGGGCUAGAGCAGCUGACUCUAGCACCUGGCCAACUCAUCCUCAUUCGUAAAAAGAACCCGGGAGGCUGGUGGGAGGGAGAACUACAGGCGAGAGGGAAGAAGCGCCAGAUCGGCUGGUUCCCAGCUAAUUAUGUGAAACUCUUAAGCCCAAGCACCAGUAAGACCACGCCCACUGAACCAACUCCACCCAAACUGCCCACACCAAACGCAGUGUGCCAGGUGAUCGGCAUGUACGACUACACGGCUCAAAACGAUGACGAGUUGCCCUUUGGGAAGGGACAGAUCAUUAAUGUGCUGAGCAGAGAGGAUCCUGAUUGGUGGAAAGGCGAGCUGAACGGUUCCAUUGGUCUCUUUCCUUCGAACUAUGUCAAACUGACCACCGACACAGACCCCAGCCAGCAAUGGUGUGCUGACCUCCACCUGCUCGAUAUGUUGACCCCGAUGGAGAGGAAAAGGCAAGGCUACAUCCAUGAGCUCAUCAUCACAGAGGAGAACUACGUCAACGACCUGCAGUUAGUCACUGAGACCUUCCAGAAACCUCUGCUGGAGUCAGAGUUGCUGACUGAGAAAGAGGUGGCCAUGAUCUUUGUUAACUGGAAGGAGCUCAUCAUGUGCAACAUCAAACUGCUGAAGGCAUUGCGGGUAAGAAAGAAGAUGUCGGGCGAACGCAUGCCUGUAAAGAUGAUUGGUGACAUACUAACAGCCCAACUACCCCACAUGCAGCCCUACAUCCGCUUCUGCAGCUGUCAGCUCAACGGUGCUACUCUCAUCCAGCAGAAGACAGACGAGGUGCCCGAUUUCAAGGACUUUGUUAAGAGGCUGGCCAUGGAUCCUCGGUGUAAAGGAAUGCCUUUGUCGAGUUUCCUUCUCAAGCCCAUGCAGAGAGUCACCCGCUAUCCUCUUAUCAUCAAAAAUAUUCUGGAAAACACUCCAGAAAGCCACCCGGACCACAGCCACUUGCGGCAGGCUCUGGAGAAGGCUGAGGAACUCUGCUCACAGGUGAACGAGGGCGUGCGUGAGAAGGAGAACUCUGAUCGCCUGGAGUGGAUACAAGCACAUGUGCAGUGUGAGGGGCUGUCUGAGCAACUGGUAUUUAACUCUGUGACCAACUGCCUGGGACCUCGCAAGUUCCUGCACAGCGGAAAGCUCUACAAGGCCAAGAGCAACAAAGAGCUUUAUGGCUUCCUCUUUAACGACUUCCUGCUCUUGACGCAGGUCAUCAGGCCACUGGGUUCCUCGGUUUCCGACAAAGUGUUCAGCACCAAGUCUCAUCUGCAGUAUCGCAUGUAUAAAACGCCCAUUUUCCUGAAUGAGGUUCUGGUGAAGCUCCCUACAGAUCCCUCUGGAGACGAGCCCAUCUUUCAUAUAUCACACAUAGACAGGGUGUACACCAUACGGGCGGAGAGCAUCAAUGAGAGGACUGCAUGGGUGCAGAAGAUCAAGGCUGCCUCUGAGCUCUUUAUUGAAACAGAGAAGAAGAAAAGGGAGAAAGCUUAUCUGGUUCGGUCUCAGAGAGCUACAGGCAUUGGAAGGCUGAUGGUCAACAUUGUAGAAGGAAUUGAGUUGAAACCCUGCCGCUCUCAUGGUAAGAGUAAUCCAUACUGUGAGGUGACAAUGGGAUCACAAUGCCACAUCACUAAGACAAUGCAGGACACACUAAAUCCCAAGUGGAACUCUAACUGCCAGUUUUUUAUCAAGGACCUGGAACAGGAUGUUCUGUGUAUAACUGUGUUUGAAAGGGACCAGUUCUCUCCAGAUGAUUUCCUGGGCAGGACAGAGAUUCGUCUGGCGGACAUUAAAAAGGAUCAGGGUUCAAAAGGUCCGAUCACUAAGAGGCUUCUUUUACACGAGGUCCCUACAGGAGAGAUAGUGGUCAGACUCGACCUUCAGCUGUUUGACGAACCCUGACCCUCGUGAACUUCCGCCACGCUAGAUUCCAUAAAUCCUCCUGUACUGUGUUACCAGCCUAAUGUGACAAUCCUACACCACGUGUGUGUGCGUGUGCGCGUGUGUUAGAGAGAGAGGAAGUACAAGGGGAUGGUUGUCGGUCUCUGCGUAAGCUGUAAAAGUCUUCUUUCAGUUUUCUCUUCUUUUUUUUUCUUUUUUUUUUAUAAUUUAUAGAUGUAUAUUUAAGGGAUACUCCAGCGUUUCUCAGCUGAACAUCUAUCCACAGUGUGUGUAGUAAAAGUGGAUGAAUCACAACAAAAGUCUGGUACAUUUCUGUGCAGUGAGAAAACAAAAAAAACACAUUUACACAAAACAUCUAUAAUGGACAUGUGUGAAGGUGUAAAAUGACUGACUAUGAGACACAAAUUCAAAACCACAGCCACUGGAGUCUGACAGUUAAUGUUGCAAGUACAAUAUAGAGAUAAUAUUCACGUUGUAGCAUGAAUGUGCUUAAUGAAGACAAUGUUGGAGUAGAAGAGCUACAGAGCCUUGACUUUAACCCCACUGAACACAUUUGGGAUGAACUGGAACGUUGACUGCACCCCAGACCUCACACUAAUGCUCUUGUAGCUAAAAGUCCCUACAGUUAAACACUAGAAUCAAAUGGAACGCUUCCCCAGAAGUGUGAGAAAUACAAUGGGCCAAAUUGUGAUGGUUAGACGAAUGGGUCAGAGCAUCUCCGAAACAUCAGCUUUUGUGGGAUGUUCCUGGUCUGCAGUGCUCAGUAUCCAUUAAACGUGCUCCAAUGAAGGAACAGUGGUGAAC